AUGAAGUUUACUAUCUUCUCUCUCAUUAGCGUUGCCGCUGCCCUCCUUUCUCUUUCGGCUAUCCAAGUUUACUCUCUUCCAACUGAUCUUGCCAGGCCUAUUGUAGCUAAAGAGGCUGCGAUCAGAGGCUUGAAUGAUUAUAACUGUAAACUGACUCCUGCUCAUCCUCGUCCUGUAAUCCUAGUUCAUGGAACUGCAAAUACUGUCCAUCUUUGGUUCAAGUUUGCACCUAAAUUGAUCAAACGCGGCUAUUGUGUCUUUGGCCUUACCUAUGGCAGACACAAAAUAAUCCCUUUUCUUGGAGGCCUUGCUCCUAUCGAGGACUCUGCCAGAGAGAUGGGAGCCUUUGCGAACAAAGUGAUGCACAGGAUGAAUGCGUCUCAAGUAGAUAUCGUAGGAUAUUCACAAGGCGGUAUCCUGACAAGGUACUGGGUUAAGUAUUUGGAUGGAGCUGGCAAGGUCUACAGGCAUAUUGGGAUUUCUCCUAUUCACCAUGGUACAACUCAGGCUGGAGCCGUAGCAUUGGUUAAGGCUGCCGGGAUAUUGCACCCCGACAUCUCGCUCGUGCCGUCAAUCCCCUCAAUGAUUGCGAACUCCACGUUUAUGCAGAAGUUGAAUGCUGGAGGCGAUACUACUCCUGGUGUUAUCGAAUCCAACAUUGCUACCAGGUACGACAAGAUUGUAGUUCCAUGGCAGUCAUGCUUCCAGCAUGGGCCUAAUGUAACAAAUGCUGUGCUUCAGAAGCUUUGCAAGUUUUCAUUGGACGACCAUCCGACCAUGCCCUUUAACAAUAUCGUUCAUCAGUUCAUCCUGAAUCAACUCGAUCCAUCCACCGCGGAACCUGCUAGCUGCCGGUUGCUGUUUUAG